AUGCAGACACAUUGGCGCCUUGCCACCCCACUUUCGGAUCUCAGCGGCCCCGCCCUGUUGCACGGCUGGUGGCCUCGAAUCUGCGGGGGCGGGCGGCAGCGUGAAGAGGCAGCCAUGAACGUUGAGCGAUCCCCCCGUCUCCAGACACUCCUUUAUCAAGGCGAUGCUAACGAGGUUUGUGUCGUCGUGCCACGCCUCACCCCAGGCUUGGAGAGGCUUGAUAUCGCCAGAGUACAUGCCUGGAUCUUGGUCGAGUACGGCAGCGUAGGCGAACAGACCGAUGCGGGAGCACCUGCACACCUUCAGACUCGUGAAUGGCAGCUGGCAUUUGAAGCUGUAAGCACCUGGGAUUGA